AUGUUAUCUUCUAAAUUAAUGAAUUUUAAUAAAAUUAAUUUAUUGCCUUUGCGUAAUAUAAUUUUUUAUGAAACGCAGCCAAAAUAUUCACUCUAUUCCAUAUUUCUUCGACAACUGAGUAGUAAUAUAAAUAAAAAAUUAAAACUCCAUGAAAAAAUUCUACAAUCAGAAAAAGAUAUAAAGAAGUUGGAACGGAAAAUUUCAGCAUUUGAUAAGCAAGUUAUAAAUUUAGAAUCAGAUAAACAACAGUCAUUAUCAGAAGAUUUUCUUUCACAAAUUCAUAAAGCAAUUUCUGCACCACCUGAAAUUCCUCGAUUUCGACAUAAUCAUGAUCUUAAAUUACCAAUCGCAGAUGAGAAAAGGCUUGAUUCCCCCCAGGAACUAUCUUUACCUACUGUUAGUGAUUUACAAGCAUCAAAACGUGAACAAAUACGUCUAUUAACCCAAAUGAAAAAAGAAAAUUUAAAGUCUAUAGAACAGUUCAAUAAUUGGUUAUAUGCUUGUGCAUUAACGGAACGAGUUGAUGAAGCAUCAGAUAUACUUUUUUUGAUGGAGAAAGCAGGUGUUAUUCCUAACGCCGUUACAUAUGAUCAUUUAAUAAAUCUCUAUGCUUCUGUGGGAGAAUUGCAAAAAGCAAUAGGAGCGUUUGAUUUAAUUGAAGCUGCUGGACUUAAGCCAACGGUCCAUAGUUUUACAAAUUUGAUUAAAGCAUAUAAUAAACAUAAUCGAGUUGAGGAUGCAUUUAACGUAUACUUGGAUAUGAAAAUUUAUGGGUUAAUACCGACUCAACCUAUAUUUACAACCCUUAUUAAAGGAUGCAUUGAUAAUGGAGAUAUAGUACGUGCAUGGAUAACAUUUGAUCAUAUGCGAUUGGAAGUAUGUCAACCCGAUGAGGUUACAUUUAGUUUGAUGAUUCAUGCAUGUGCAAAAGGUGGAAAUACCGAAAGAGCCUUUGAUUUGUAUCAAGAAAUGAAAGAAAAAGGAUUAUGCCCAACUGAUGUUACAUUUAAUUCUUUGAUUCACGCUUCGUUUAAGUUAUUACAAGAAAUGAGAGAAUAUGGAUAUCAACCUGAUAUCACUACAUGUAAUUCAUUAAUGUUUGCAUGUUCAAAGAACGGAGAUCUACAAAUGGCCAGGAGUUUAUUAAUAACAAUGAUGCAAAGGGUAAAAACUGAUCCAUUAUUAACUCCAGAUGAGUUAACAUUUACAAAUUUAUUCUGGACAUAUUCUACUUAUAAAGAACCCAUGAAUUAUAUAAAUAGGAGUCAAAAUGGAAGGUUGUCGGAAAGUAAACAAUUAAAAGUAGCAGAUUUGUCGUCUGAAACUGAUAAUAAGAUAGGAUUAUCUCAUGAGAAUCACAAAGUUUUAUUAAGAAAUGAAGAUACAGAGACAGAAAAUAAUCAAGAAUUACGAUCAGAACUAACAAUAUCAGAGGAGACACUAUCAGAAGACACAAAUUCAAGAAACCACGACUUGUUAAUAGUAGGGUCAGAUACUUAUCCGUUUUUUAACAAUGUGCCCGUUACUGUUUCACAAACUGUUAAAGAAGCAGAGAUGAUUUUCAAUCAUAUAAUCACGUCACAAACUAACGCGAAAAUAACAUCAUCCUUUCCUAUAAAUUUAUCACCAAAAUUAGUUAUUUCAUAUUUAAACAUUUUAGUUAAAAAGUCUAAAUAUAAUAAAGUAUUCGACUUCUAUAAAAAUUUUAUACCAAAAUAUAAUAUCCAAUUAAAUGGGUGGAUCUUUUUAAACGGAUUAACAGUAUGUUAUAAACAUAAAAGAGUUGAAGAAUCUUGGAGUAUAUGGCGAGAUUGGGAAAAUUGGCGAAAGGAACAAAGUAGAGAGAUUAAAAAAAUUUAUGAUGAUGAGCAUGAUAGGAAGAAUUCAUUUAAAAAAAUUGGAAUGACUGAAAAAAUGGAAUACGAAAUUUAUAAAUUAAUGAUUAAGAUAUUAGCUAGGUGUAAUGAAAUACAUAGUGCUAUUAGAUUGUUACAAAAUUUAUCAAAUUUACAAAAACCUGAUAUACAAGAUUUUACAUUAUUAUUACAAAAAUGCGUGGAAAAUGAUGAAAUGGCAUAUAGAAAAGUAUUUAAAUUAUGUUAUAAUUCAGGAAAUGACAAUGUAUUACAAUAUAGAAAUUCAUUAGCGAAAAAAUGGAAAGGACGAGGAAUUAAAUUGCCGCCAAAGAAUAAAUAUGAUGAGAAAGAAAAAGGAUUGAAUCACAAUAAAUGGAGGAGUGGGAAUUAUGGAAAGAAAAGAGAAUCUGUCCAAAAUAAAUAA